GACAGGCCGAAAGAAGAUGGCCCGGGUUUUUGUGUGUGAUAUGAAAGUCUAUAGAAAAAUAAGUCAAUUUUCUGAGAAAGCACAGUGAGUGAGUGAGUGAAGAAAGCUCUAACAUAUAAUAAGUUUGAGCCACUAAAUUUGUACGUCGACGAUGUGAUAUUUGAUUGGAAGGCACAAAAGCUUUCUUUUUUUAACGAUUGGGUUUUUGUCUCUGAAAAAGAAGCUUUGGAGAGGGGAGAUAAUACAUACAGAAAAGGUCAUCCAUUCCUACCCAAUCUAAUCCAUGGCUGCAGCAGCAUCUCGCAGAAUAUCCUCUCUCCUCUCCCGCUCUCUCUCUCUUCCUCCUGCUUCUGCCUCCUCCCUUCUCUCUCGAGGGGGAAAUUAUUUCUUGGGAAGUGGCGUCCAGAGGUUUAGCACCGCUGCAGCUACAGAGGAUCCGAUUGCCCCACCGGUUCAAGUCACUUACACCCAGCUUCUAAUCGAUGGCCAAUUUGUGGAUUCAGCAUCCGGCAAAACAUUUCCAACCUUUGACCCGAGGACAGGAGACGUUAUUGCUCAUGUUGCUGAGGGUGAAACAGAAGAUGUGAACCGUGCUGUGUCUGCUGCUCGUAAGGCGUUUGAUGAGGGGCCAUGGCCCAAAAUGACAGCUUAUGAGAGAUCACGGAUACUGCUGCGUUGUGCUGACUUGGUUGAGAAGCACAGCGACGAGCUUGCAGCUCUUGAGACAUGGAAUUGUGGGAAGCCCUAUGAACAGUCUGCCAAAGCUGAAUUACCAAUGUUCGUUCGUUUAUUUCACUAUUAUGCUGGUUGGGCAGACAAAAUCCACGGUCUAACAGUUCCGGCUGAUGGACCAUAUCAUGUGCAGACAUUGCAUGAACCAAUCGGCGUUGUAGGGCAGAUUAUUCCAUGGAACUUUCCCCUUAUCAUGUUUGCUUGGAAAGUUGGGCCCGCACUUGCUUGUGGCAACACUAUUGUCCUCAAGACUGCUGAGCAAACACCCUUAACUGGUCUUUAUGUGGCAAAGCUAUUUCAAGAGGCUGGCCUUCCUCCGGGUGUUCUAAAUAUCAUUUCUGGCUUUGGUCCAACAGCUGGCGCAGCAAUUGCUAGUCACAUGGAUGUCGAUAAGGUUGCUUUCACAGGAUCAACUGAUACAGGAAAGAUUGUACUCGAAUUGGCUGCAAAAUCCAAUCUUAAACCAGUGACAUUGGAGCUGGGAGGGAAAUCUCCUUUCAUAGUAUGUGAGGAUGCAGAUGUUGAUAAGGCAGUGGAGCUUGCACAUUUUGCUCUGUUCUUUAAUCAGGGACAAUGUUGUUGCGCGGGUUCUCGCACAUAUGUCCAUGAACGAGUAUAUGAUGAGUUCAUUGAGAAAGCCAAGGCACGGGCUAUGAGACGUGUAGUUGGUGAUCCCUUCAAGAAGGGUGUUGAACAAGGCCCUCAGAUCGACCCAGAACAAUUUGAGAAGGUUCUCAGGUAUAUCAGAUACGGUAUUGAAAGCAAUGCCACCCUUGAAUGCGGGGGUGAAAGACUAGGCUCAAAAGGCUUCUAUGUUCAGCCCACUGUUUUCUCAAAUGUUCAGGAUGACAUGUUGAUAGCAAAAGAUGAAAUCUUUGGGCCAGUGCAGACUAUCUUGAAAUUCAAGGACCUAGACGAUGUUAUUAAGAGGGCAAAUACCACGCGAUAUGGUCUAGCUGCUGGAGUUUUCACCAAGAAUCUGAACACGGCAAACACCUUGUCUCGGGCCUUAAGGGCCGGGACUGUAUGGGUGAAUUGCUUCGAUGUCUUUGAUGCUGCGAUCCCGUUUGGCGGCUACAAGAUGAGUGGCAUUGGAAGGGAAAAGGGGAUCUACAGCCUUAACAACUAUCUGCAGGUGAAGGGUAUUGUGACACCCUUGGAGAAUCCAGCAUGGCUGUAAAUCUGCUUAUGCCACCAUGCUUUCAUAGCUUUGAGCUACGAAAGAGGGAAGAUAAUAAGACAUCAGGGGAUGAGCGUAUUUGUGGUUUGUGCUUCCAAGGUAGAAAUAGAAUUUCUCGUAUGUAUGUGGGAUGUAACUGUUGUUGAUUGUUCUCUUUCAAUAUAACCCGGUUUGUUGUUGUUGUUGUCCUGCCA